AUUUUACUACUACUAUUAAUUUCCAUACACAUUACAAGAGAAAUGCAUAGACCGGCGAGAAAUUCCUCUUCUACGAUUUCUUCGUCUCCUUCUCCGUCAAUGCCUUCGUCUCCUUUACACUUCUUCUCUCCCAAGAGCAGAGAAACUCCGUCAUCUACUCCCGAACCCGAACGCCGCCAUAACUUCUCUCAAUCGAUGAUGGAGGAGAAUAUUAACAACGCCGAUCUCAUUCUAACCAAAUGGGAUAUUAACGGUUCCACCUACUGCAAGUUGGAGUCUCUCUUCACCGGAGACAGGAGAGAGGCCAAGGCAUAUCUCCGCUCCGUUAGAAACUUGCAGAAAUCAAUGCAUUUCUUCUUAUCCGAGGAUUCUAAAUCCGGAACAUUAGUUAGAGCUCAGAAUCUGAUGCAAAUCGCUAUGAAGAGGCUUCAGAAGGAGUUUUAUCAGAUUCUAUCACGGAAUCGGAUCUAUCUAGAUCCGGAAACAGUUUCUGUUUCCUACAGAUCGUCCAGAUUAUCGACGGCGAGAUCAAGUACUACUUCGGAAGACGAUGACGAGAUUACCUCGACAAGCGAUGAUGCUAUAUCAGAGAUGGUCAUGGCGGAUCUGAAAGCAAUCGCUGAUUGUAUGAUUUCUUCUGGCUACGCUAAGGAGUGUUUGAAGAUCUACAAGCUUCAGAGGAAAUCUAUUGUCGAUGAGAACUUGUAUUACCUUGGAGUUGAGAGAUUGAGUUUAUCUCAGAUUCAGAAACUGGAUUGGGAGUUAAUCGAGAUGAAACUUAAGAAGUGGUUACCAGCCGUGAAAAUCGCCGUGAACAAUCUCUUCAAUGGCGAGAGAAUACUCUGCGAUCACGUCUUUUCUUCCUCUCCAAGAAUCGCUGAAUCGUGUUUUACAGAUAUUUCCACUGUAGGCGCAAUGAGUCUGUUCGGAUUCCCUGAACUCGUCGCCCGAAGCAAAAAACUAUCGCCGGAGAAAAUUUUCCAGAUACUAGAUCUCUACGAUUCAAUCGCUUACCUAUGGCCGGUCAUCGAUUCGAUUUUCUCAUUUGAAUCAUCAUCCGACGUGAAAUUACAGGUGGUUACGUCUCUAAUCAAGCUCGGAGAGGCAGUUAGAUCUAUGCUAUCAGACUUCGAAACCGCCAUCCAAAAGGACGUUUCGAAAUCGCCGGUCCCCGGCGGCGGUAUACAUCCGCUUACUCGCUACGUGAUGAACUACCUCGUCUUCCUCUCCGAUUACAACGGCAUCGUCUCCGAUAUCGUUGCUGAUUGGCCUCUAACUGUUCAAUCUCCAUUACCGGAGACGUAUUUCUCAAACCCUAGCUCCGGCGAUGAAGAAGCUUCUGUAAUUACCGUCCGAUUAACUUGGCUAAUACUGAUCCUCCUAUGUAAGCUUGAUUCUAGAGCAGAACUCUUCAAUGACGUCUCUCUUUCCUACCUAUUCCUCGCGAAUAACCUAAACUACAUCCUUAAGAAGGUAAGGAAUUCCAAACUGAAGCUUCUCUUAGGAGAUCAAUGGCUGAUACAACACGAAGAUAAGUUGAAGAAAUACAUCGCAAACUAUGAACGGAUGGGAUGGUUUAAAGUGGUGGAAUCAUUAUCGAAGCUGAAUCAAACAGCAGACAUUUCUCCGGGAUUAUCCAGUGAGCUAUUCAGAGGAUUCAAUUCCGUUUUAGCAGAUGAAUUCAGAAAGCAAGCCGGAUGGGUUGUGCCGGAUAACAAAAUGCGCGACGAGAUUAAGGUUUCUCUGGCCGGAAAGAUAUUGCCGCCGUAUAUGGCGGUGUACGAUAGAUACCGUGGAGCGUUUGGUCGUCGGCCGGAGAUGGAAGCGUUGAUAAGGUACGCGCCUGAGGAUUUGUCUAAUCUGUUGUGGGAUUUGUUCUUUGGGGUGACGACGGAGAAUAGCAGUACUACUAGUAGUCCUUAUCGUUCUGGUUCUUCGCCGUCGUCGUCGCCAUCGUGGUCGGCGAGGUCGGGUUUGGCCGGUCGGCUGCUUCAGAAUUGUUCAAGGGAUAUAUGUAAACGUAGUAGUGUACAUGGAUUAUGCUCUGACAUGUGAAUAGGAAGUCCUUAUUGA